GUGCUCCUCUUUCGUCUGUAAAGUGUAAAGUGAUGAUAGUGGUUGCAGAUAGAGUAUACCAACAGAUUAGCAUUUGUGCAGCAAACUCGUUCAACAGCGAGAUGCUUGUGAGUCGCCGUGAUCAUGACUGGACGGUGUGUCCAUCUCCCCGUAUGCCCCAGCACAAUAGAGACACCGAAGAUUUGAUGCGCCGAACACAUGUCAGAUGCUAUCUGGAGUUGAGCAUCGUGGUGGCGUACCGGAUGUCCUAUGAAUCCGGCGAGUGGCAGCCGGCGAGCCAGAUUUGCAGCCGCAAGGCGACGAAAUCCGCUCCCAUUUUUACCAUAAAGCCCCCGCUGGAUCGUCAGAAAUCUCUCGUCGGCCCCUGCCACUUGCACAAGCCCCCAAACCCGCUGCGCUCCGUCCCCCACUCCGUCUCCCUCGCAAUGGCGGCGCCGCCUCUCCAGCCCGUGCCACCUCCCGCGGCCGUGAACGGAGACGCGUUCCGCGUGGGUUUCAUCGGCGCGGGCAACCUGGCCGAGAGCAUCGCCCGCGGCGUCGCGGCGUCGGGCGUCCUCCCGGCCUCCGCCAUCUGCACCGCGCCCCACCGCCGCCCCGAGCGCGGCACGGCCUUCGCCUCCAUCGGGGCGUGCCUGCUCGACACCAAUGCCCAGGUUGUCGACGACAGUGAUGUGAUUGUCAUCUCCGUGAAGCCUCAGAUCGUAAAGCAGGUUCUACUUGAACUGAAGCCCCUGCUGUCAGAUGAAAAGCUUCUGGUGUCUAUUGCUGCUGGCGUCAAGAUGAAAGAUUUGCAGGAUUGGUCUGGUCAACGGAGAAUUAUUAGAGUAAUGCCCAACACACCUUCAGCUGUUGGACAAGCUGCAUCAGUGAUGUGUUUGGGAGAGAUGGCUACUCAGAAAGAUGAGAAUCGUGUAAGAAGUUUAUUCAGCGCAAUUGGAAAGGUUUGGACAGCUGAAGAGAAAUAUUUUGAUGCUGUAACUGGCCUGAGUGGUAGCGGUCCGGCCUAUAUUUUCUUAGCAAUAGAGGCCAUGGCUGAUGGUGGAGUCGCUGCUGGGCUUCCUCGGGACCUUGCACUUGGUCUUGCAUCUCAAACAGUUCUUGGUGCUGCAACGAUGGUGAGCGAGACAGGAAAACAUCCAGGUCAACUGAAGGAUCAGGUCACUUCUCCAGCAGGGACUACUAUAGCUGGGGUUCAGGAGCUCGAGAAGGGUGCGUUCCGUGGAACGCUGAUCAGUGCUGUUGUUGCUGCCGCAAAGCGUUGCCGCGAACUGUCCUAGAUCUAGGUUGAAGUUCAUUUUACCGGAUUUCGACAGUUGCAUUCUGUUGAUAUAUUCGCGUUGAACGGCAAAGUGUGGAUUGUUGUGAUGAUAACUUGGCAGCUUUUAGAGCAGCCGUGAUGUUAUCAGUUAAACAUGUUUUGCAGAAUCAGGUGGCAUAGGGUUAAUUAUC